UCAUCAAGUGUUCAUCAGCAGGACGUCUGAUUCGGAUGAUUUUCGCCUAUACUUUUUAUCACGCGUCGAUUCAUUGUCCUCUGUGGUCGCCCGUUCAUAUCAAUUUUUUUCUAAGACGGCACUACUUCGCUGAAGUAUGCUGCCGCAUUGAUCGCGAAAUUUAUCCAGCUGGCGCCUUGGUAUAUAUAUUCCACUACGGGAAGAGUGUGUUGGCUUGAAAGAUGCAUCUGCUCGCUUUUCUGUCUCUGAGUACAUUCCUGUGCUCUGCGUUCGCUGCUGUUCCUGAGUGGGGCCAAUGUGGCGGCAUUGGAUGGACAGGACAGACCACUUGCGUUAGUGGUACAGUAUGCACAGUUCUCAAUGACUAUUAUUCUCAAUGUGUGCCUGGAACAGCCACAACAACCGCCGCUCCCACGACUGCUACAUCAACAACCAUUUCUUCCACUUCUCGCACAACUGCUACGUCGACCACAGCUUCCGCACCAUCUUCUACUGGCUUUGUAACUACCUCUGGCACAGAGUUCCGCCUCAACGGUGCCAAAUUCACUAUCUUCGGCGCCAACUCAUACUGGGUCGGGUUGAUGGGCUAUAGCACUACAGAUAUGAAUAAAGCCUUCGCAGACAUCGCGGCUACAGGUGCCACUGUCGUCCGCACAUGGGGCUUCAAUGAGGUAACGAGUCCUAACGGGAUUUAUUACCAGAGUUGGUCCGGAAGUACACCAACUAUCAACACAGGUUCUACGGGUCUUCAAAACUUUGAUGCCGUCGUCGCUGCUGCUGCUGCACAUGGCUUGAGGCUUAUUGUUGCCUUAACGAACAACUGGUCCGACUAUGGCGGAAUGGAUGUAUACGUUAACCAAAUUGUCGGGUCUGGCUCUGCGCACGAUUUAUUCUAUACCGACUGUGAGGUCAUAUCUGCUUACAUGAACUACGUCAAGACCUUCGUCUCGCGCUAUGUGAACGAUCCUACUAUUUUAGGUUGGGAGCUUGCAAAUGAACCUAGAUGCAAGGGGAGUACCGGGACGACCUCUGGAUCAUGCACUACAACGACUAUCACAAAAUGGGCCGCGGCAAUUUCAGCGUACAUCAAGUCGAUCGAUCCCAACCAUCUUGUCGGGAUAGGAGAUGAAGGGUUCUACAAUGAACCUAGCGCACCAACAUAUCCAUAUCAAGGUAGCGAAGGUAUCGAUUUUGAUGCAAAUUUGGCCAUUGGUAGCAUUGAUUUCGGUACAUUCCAUUCCUAUCCUAUCAGCUGGGGUCAAACCACUGAUCCUCAGGGAUGGGGUACACAAUGGAUCGCUGAUCAUGCAACGUCAAUGACAGCUGCGGGAAAGCCCGUAAUCUUAGAGGAGUUUGGAGUCACCACCAAUCAAGCUACUGUUUAUGGCGCCUGGUAUCAGGAAGUUGUCUCUUCGGGUCUUACUGGCGCUCUUAUCUGGCAAGCUGGUUCUUAUUUAUCAUCCGGAGCUACUCCGGACGACGGAUAUGCAAUUUAUCCUGAUGAUCCUGUAUAUUCCCUGGAAACCUCCUAUGCGGUUACAUUGAAAGCGCGGGCGUAGGAUAGGGUACAGAAUAAUUUUUGCUCCGAUGUGGUACUGUAGCCGAGCGGCUUGACUAUGUAAUGAAUAAAAAUAGCACUGUUGUCACGAUCGAUCAACACCUCCUUGAACCUG